GCGUCGGCGAGCAGAAAUGGGGAAUACACCCUCUCAAGAUCCCGACAGGACGAGCUCGCACAUGAUCUCCGCGGACGAUGCCGAGUACCCGCGGGAGUACCGCACCCUGGGCAACGGCACCCGGCGCUUCUCCAACGUGGGGCUGGUGCACACCUCGGAGCGCCGGCACACCGUGAUCGCCGCCCAGAGCCUGGAGGCGCUCACCGGCCUCCAGAAGACGGAGAUGGAGCGCAAGAGGGACGCGUUCAUGGAUCACCUCAAGAGCAAAUACCCGCAGCACGCCCUGGCGCUGCGCGGGCAGCAGGAGCGCCUGCGGGACCAGCAACCCAACUACUGGAGCUUUAAG